UUUCUUGGCCAAAACGGCACAGAAAAUUCUUGCACACCCUCUCAUAUAUCUUCCAUACAAUCUGGUUAUUUCCCUCAAUAUAACACCCUAUUUUCAUUCACCGUCUCCACCCAAACGAUUCUAUUAGCAGCCUUGGGUCUCUCCAAGGUGGCGACGCUCUUCAAAACCUCUAUACAAUGCAGGCCUUAGGCUGCUGCUGCUGCUGCUUAGUGCUCUCCUUCCUUCUAUUCUCAUCAUUCUCUUCAGCGCUAUCCAAUAAAGAAGUCAAUAUCAUUGCUCGUCGCCAACUCUUAAGUUUGCAUCCUCACGGUGGUGAUUUACCUGAUGACUAUGAGUUUCAUGUUGAUUUGAAUUGUACAUUUCCUAAUUCUAGGCUUAGACGUGCCUACAUUGCACUCCAUGCAUGGAAAAAUGCAAUCUACUCAGACCCUUUGAACACCACAGGGAAUUGGGUUGGUCCCAAUGUUUGUGAUUACAAUGGUGUAUUUUGUGCUACGUCUCUUGAUGAACCAAAAGAAACUGUUGUGGCUGGCAUCGAUAUGAACCAAGCUGAUAUUGCUGGGUACCUUCCGGCGGAGUUGGGUUUAUUGACAGAAAUUGCUUUGUUCCACAUCAAUUCCAACAGGUUUUGUGGGAUUGUUCCUGAGAGUUUCAAUAGACUUACGCUUCUCCACGAGCUUGAUAUCAGCAACAACCGGUUUGUAGGUCCAUUCCCUAAGGUUGUUCUUUCAAUUCCAAAUUUAAAGUACCUUGAUGUUAGGUACAAUGACUUUGAGGGAGAGUUGCCUCAUGGGCUCUUCGACAAGGAAUUUGAUGCUCUAUUCUUGAACAAUAAUCGGUUCACAUCCACAAUUCCUGAUAAUUUCGGAAACUCUCCUGCCUCAGUUAUUGUAGUCGCCAAUAAUCAUUUCAAGGGCUGCAUUCCAAGUAGUAUUGGAAAAAUGGCUAGCACAUUGAACGAGAUUAUAUUCUUGAACAAUGAUUUUUCAGGAUGUUUGCCUGCUGAUAUUGGAUUGCUUGGAAAUGUGUCGGUGUUGGACAUUGGUUCCAACAAAUUCAGUGGAAUCCUACCAAAGACAUUCGAAGAGCUUUCCGAGGUUGAAGAGUUGGACAUUUCGGGCAACAUGUUGACAGGGUUUGUGUCCGAGAGCAUUUGCCGAUUGCCUAAAUUGGUGAACUUCACAUUCUCCUACAAUUACUUCAAUGGUGAGGCCCCAGAAUGUGAGCCUCAAUCCAGUAAGGACAUUGCUUAUGAUGAUACAAGCAAUUGCUUACCAGAUAGGCCAAAACAAAAGUCAUCGAAAGUUUGUGCUUCUGUGGUGAACCGACCGGUUAAUUGCAGCAAGGCCAAGUGUGGAGCCUCAUCACCACCUCCUACACCAAAACCAUCUCCUCCCAAAGCAUCACCACCACCACCAGUCCAUUCUCCACCACCGCCACCAGUCUAUUCUCCUCCCCCUCCUGUUCACUCCCCACCACCACCACCGCCACCAGUCCAUUCUCUACCGCCGCCACCAGUCUAUUCUCCUCCCCCUCCUGUUCACUCCCCACCACCACCAGUACAUUCCCUACCACCACCACCAUCACCACCAGUCCACUCUCCUCCACCGCCAGUACAUUCCCCACCACCACCACCACCACCAGCUCACUCACCUCCACCAUCGGUAUAUUCCCCUCCACCUCCAAUUCACUCUCCACCACCACCUCCACCUCCAGUAUACUCACCUCCACCACCAGUUCACUCUCCACCUCCACCACCACAAGCUUCGUCUCCUGCACCAUCUCCUAAUCCUUAUGAUAAUUCACCCAUUAUCAGGGAACGACCUCCACCUCCCCCAUCUCCCUCACCACCCCCACCUGUGAAAUCACCACCACCAGUCCACUCUCCUCCACCGCCAGUACAUUCCCCACCACCAUCACCACCACCAGCUCACUCACCUCCACCACCAGUAUAUUCCCCUCCACCACCGGUAUAUUCCCCUCCACCUCCAAUUCACUCUCCACCACCACCUCCACCUCCAGUAUACUCACCUCCACCACUAGUUCACUCUCCACCUCCACCACCACAAGCUUCGUCUCCUGCACCAUCUCCUGAUCCUUAUGAUAAUUCACCCAUUAUCAGGGAACGACCUCCACCUCCCCCAUCUCCUUCACCACCCCCACCUGUGAAAUCACCACCACCAGUCCACUCUCCUCCACCACCAGUUCAUUCCCCUCCACCUCCAGUCCACUCUCCUCCCCCACCAGUACAUUCCCCACCACCUCCAGUCCAUUCUCCUCCACCAGUACAUUCACCACCACCCCCAGUUCACUCACCACCACCACCAGUACAUUCCCCCCCGCCCCCAGUCCAUUCACCGCCGCCACCAGUAAAAUCACCACCACCCCCAGUUCACUCACCACCUCCCCCAACACACUCACCGCCACCACCAGUUUUCUCACCCCCACCACCAGAGUUGGUUCUUCCCCCAACGACCGGCUUUGAAUACAGUUCACCACCUCCACCUUUAUACCAAGGCUACAAUAAAUAGCUAGCACAACAUUAAUCUCCUUGCUUCAUUUUUUUUUUUUUUUCAAAUUCCAAAAAAAGAAGAAGAAGAGACUCUCUUUGCUAGUUUUAACAGUCUCACAUUAUACCCCCACUUUUGUUAGUUAAUAGCUUGAAAUUUGAUAUGAAUGAAGUUGUGAUGUGUUUCAAUUGCCUCCAUAAAUGACACCGUCGGCCAAAUGUAAAUCUGAUAACCAGAGAGAAUAUCGUUUGUAAUUAUUGCUCUGUAUUUGUUCUCUAAAUUUAUUUUUUGCUUGAAGUGUGAAUGUAGCUAUUGGUU